CCGGUAAAACCGGUUCCCGGUUUGCGAUAUGCUAAAACCGAAAGUGAUUCCGGUUCGACCGGCUUGCAAAACCGCCCUCUAUUCUAUCCUCCUUCAAUUCAAUUCAACCCAAACAAACGGCGGCUCGACGUCUUCCUUAAUCCCUUCUUCCUCACUUCUGCUCGCCUCGCCUGUAAUUUUCGCUCCUCCGAACCAACUCUGCGGUGGAGUGGCCUUGUUCUCCUCCUCCUCCUCGUCUUCCGUCGUCGCAUUCUUCGUCUUCGGAUACCUGAAAAUCUGCUUUAACCUUUGAAGUCGUCACUGCUGGUGAAAUAGUUGAGGUUUAUCUUUCUUGAUUCUGUUGAAGUUUGGGACACACUAAAGAUUUCGCUUAUGGCAGGUGCAAGUAAGUCGACCUUUUCUUUUGAAGUUGCGUCGGCAUUUUUUUGUCUUCCAGAGAUAAUUGAUUUUACAAAGACAACCCUGGCAAGAGAAUUACCAAUGGCAGUUUUAGUGUCUGGAUCAUCUUUUUCUUCGGGUGCAAUCAAUCUGGCUAUCAAGCUAUCUUUGAGCAAGAAAACUGACGUUCGCCCUUUUCCCAACUCUCACUUUCUUACAGGAAUUAAAGAAAAGUUAAUCAAGAACAAUUUGUACUCAGUACACAGCAAAGGAGGAGCAAUCAUUGAGAAAAAUUAUGGGAGGAACUCGCAUGAUAAAGGCUUAGUUUCAAGUGAAGGAAGGGAUGAGGAUGAGAAAUAUAGGCUUAUAUGCCCUGGUUGUGGUGUGUUUAUGCAAGAUGAGAAUCCAAAUCUUCUUGGGUAUUUCCAGAGGAGAAAAUUGGACAAAAAUGAGGAAUCAAGAGAUAAUGUGGAGGAUAUGGUGGAUGAGGAUUUUGAUGAUUUUGAAGACUUGGAGGAAGGUGGUGAUGAUUUUGGGGAUGACAUUGAGGGAAAAUUGGAAGAAGAUAAUGAGGAUGGGAUUGAUUGGGAUUCAGAAGAUUGGGGAUCAGAGUUUGAGGAUGAAGAAGAUGAAUAUUUGAAGGAAUUGGAUGGAUUUGCUCCAGCUGGAGUUGGGUAUGGAAACAUUACAGAGGAGACAUUGGAAAAGAAGAAACUGAAGAGGAUUUCAAAGGCAGAAAGGAAGAGAAUGGCAAGGGAGGCUUUAAAAGAGAAGGAGGAGGUGACUGUAUGCGCAAGGUGUCACUCGUUGAGGAAUUAUGGCCAAGUGAAAAAUCAAGUGGCCGAGAAUUUGAUACCUGAUUUUGAUUUUGAUAGAUUGAUAAGCAUGAGGCUAAUGAAGCCGACGGGUAAGGCUGAUGCUACUGUGGUAGUAAUGGUGGUUGAUUGUGUCGAUUUUGAUGGAUCAUUCCCUAAACGUGCAGCUGCAUCCUUAUUCAAAGCGCUAGCAGAAGGUAAAGGUGGAAGCAAAAAGUUGCCAAAACUUGUUCUUGUUGCUACGAAGGUCGAUCUUCUUCCUUCCCAGGUUUCUCCUACGAGGUUAGAUAGAUGGGUUCGUCAUCGCGCUAAAGAAAAUGGGGCGCCUAAGUUAAGUGCGGUGUAUUUGGUUAGUGCCAGGAAAGAUUUGGGUGUAAGAAACUUGUUGGCAUUUGUGAAGAGCUUAGCUGGGCCAAGAGGUAAUGUUUGGGUGAUUGGUGCUCAAAAUGCUGGUAAGUCAACAUUGAUAAAUGCAUUUUCAAGAAAAGAAGGGGUGAAGGUUGCUAAGCUUACAGAAGCUCCUAUUCCGGGGACAACACUUGGGAUUGUGAGAAUUGGAGGGAUUUUGCCUGCAAAGGCAAAGAUGUAUGAUACCCCCGGCCUUCUGCACCCAUACUUAAUGUCCAUGAGAUUGACCCGGGAUGAGCAGAAAAUGAUUGAGAUAAGAAAAGAGCUUCAACCUAGAACAUUCAGGAUAAAGGCUGGUCAAGCUAUUCAUGUCGGCACCCUAGCUAGGCUGGAUCUUGACAAGGCUUCUGUAGAUACCAUAUAUGUCACAGUCUGGGCAUCUCCGAGUGUAUCUCUGCACAUGGGAAAGAUCGAAAAUGCUGAUGAGAUAAAGAGCAAGCACUCUGGAAUUAGAUUGCAGCCGCCAAUUGGUGUAGAACGUGUUUCUGAAUUGGGUGAUUGGGUAAAGCGAGACAUAAAGGCAUCUGGAAUAAGCUGGGAUGUGAACAGCAUAGAUGUUGCAAUUGCAGGCUUGGGUUGGUUCUCUUUAGGCUUGAAAGGCGAAGCGAACUUAACACUGUGGACAUGCAGUGGCAUCCUGAUUACUCUUCGGGAACCUCUGGUCCUUGAUCGAGCACCAUUUCUUGAGCGGCCUGGAUUUUGGCUGCCAAAGGCUAUAUCUGAGGCUAUAGGAAAUCAGAGUAAACUGGAAGCUAAAUCUAGGAGAAAUGAUGUAGAUGAAAGUUUGUGAAUUACCUACUUGAAGAAAAAGACCUUAUGACAAAGAAACAUGACUUCAUAACCCCUCGCAGAAGAGUUGUCGGCUUGUACCUGCUGCAGAAACUGCAGCCUGUGCAAGUUCAGGUUGCAACCAGAAAAAUGAAUGGCCAAUGCUAAGUCCUGUACAACAUAUUUUCAGCUAUGGGUCAUCCUCGUUUUCUUUGUCAUCUUGCUUACGUUGAACUGAAGAGACCAGAACAAGGGACCAUUCUAUGCUGUCUGAAGGUAUCAAAUGGGAAAACAGCUGUUAUUUGGGCUAAAGAAACAUGGCAGAUUUCUUUCCAGUACCUAAAUCUGCUUCGUAGUGAACCGUUGAGGAGCUAUCACAAACUGUUUAGGCAUCUAUAUAUGCAUGACCAUAUAUGUGACUGUAAUGUUAUUCAAAGCGCUUAAUGUUGGAAAAUUAUACAUCAGUGUUGAAGUUUUGAGCUCUAAAGAAUUCUUGCCAUCUAUCAUAAGAAUUUCAUUCUCCAAGUUCCAUUUGUAUCCUAAUUUAAAUAUAUGAACAAAUGAUGGGACAACAGAUUUGAGGAUGCUCUUCUGGAGCCUAUCCUAUGAGGGAUUUAAGGAUUGGGUUUUGAUAUCAACCCACUUGACUGUAAUCUGGCAUACGGGGCUCAUGCCAUUCCAUAUCUUCAACUAGACUGCCAUUGCUCGAUUCCCCAGAGUUAAAGCUAUAAGUUUGCCC